CGACGAACUAUUUCGACAUUUUUAUUAAAACCGAUUAUUACCGUAAAAUAAAAAUGUGGUAACACUGGUAAUCCGUCGCCAUUAUAAACGUUCUCAUUCAUCCGUUUUGGACAUUGAGUUGAGUUUAGUUUUAUUUCGCACGGACUAUUGUAAAAUAUUUAGGUGAAACUUGAACACUUUGGACAUUGUGCAGUGAAACUAAUGUGAUUAAUUUUGUUAUUGUCGUGACUAAAGACUUGACCGAGUGUACAAUUUUGUAAUAUCGUGGCCAAUGUCAGCAGGCGUGUCAGAUCAGCGGAUGAAAGGGCAAGGGAACCAAGUGACAAAUGCACCGAAAGAGCAUCAGUUAGAGAGUGGAGGAGAGGAGUUGGCGGAGGUGUCAUGGCGUCAUCAACAGCAACCUUCGUAUGCACCACCCAUCUCGUCAGCAGCCGACCCCUACAGCGCGGCAGGUUAUUACGGUACAACAGCUCUUCCUUACCAAGCUUUUGGAGUCGGGGAUGGGACAUGGUCCACCAAUGGAACAGACCCGAUGACUUUCCUCGGAGGAUACAAUCCUCACGAUUCUUAUGGAAUGGAUGGUAGUGUAUUCGGCCCCUCGACCACACCAUUCUCUACGGCUGCAUUCGGUCAGCCGGCUUCCACUUUUAACUAUUUCCAUGGUAACGGUGACUACUCCACUUGGGGUCAAUUAGGACGCGCAAAACAAUAUGACGACUACUACAGAACAGACGGGCUGUACGUGCCGGACGGCAUCAAGGCGGUCGAGAGCGGUGUGCAAGCGCUCUCUCUCGGCGAACACAAAAUGGAAAAGGAGCGCGUUUCCGAGCACAAGGACGUGUCGGGCGGUUCGCAGCCUAAAAAGAUGACAUGGGCAUCGAUCGCCAGUCAGCCGGCGAAGCCCGCGCCCUCGUCGCAGAGCGUGGGGCUGAAAAAGAAGGGCCCGGGGAUGCCGCCGCCGCCCAUCGUGCCGGGGAAGCAUAAUAUGGAUAUGGGCGCGUGGGACGCAGGAAAGAGCGCGCCGGUGGUGACAGCGCCGCCGCCGCCGCAGCUGCAGCCGCCGCCCGCAUCCGCACCGUUGCAGAUGGCGGCGCCUGCACCCGCGCCCGUGCCCUCUCACGCGCCCGCUCCCGCGCCCCUGCAGCGCGGCCCGCCCCCGCAGCACCAGGGCCCGCCCGCCUGGGCGCACGGACCCCGCGCCCCACCACCGCCCCUCCAGCAUCCGCACCAGCCCCGCCCGCCCCUGCCCGCGCCGCCCGUUGCCGUCCUGCCUCCCGCUCCGCCCGCGCAAUCCAUCCCCCACCCGGUGCUCGACGAACUCCGCGUCAAGAACGACUACAACCCCAAAGACUUCGAUCUGACUGCCCCGCUCGCCAGAUUCUUCGUCAUCAAAUCCUACUCCGAGGACGACAUCCAUCGCAGCAUCAAAUACGAAAUCUGGUGCAGCACCGAGCACGGCAACAAGCGUCUCGACGCGGCGUUUCGAGAGCGCGAGAGGGAGGGCGGCACCGUCUAUCUGUUUUUCUCGGUCAACGGCAGCGGCCACUUCUGCGGCAUGGCUCGCAUGACGAGCGCAGUCGACUACAAUUCCAAUUCGAGCGUGUGGUCGCAGGACAAGUGGAAGGGACAAUUCCGCGUCAGGUGGAUCUAUGUUAAGGACGUUCCGAACGUGCAACUGCGUUAUAUCAAACUAGAAAAUAACGAGAACAAGCCGGUGACGAAUUCCCGCGACACCCAAGAGGUGCCGCACGCGAAGGGGCUGCAGGUGUUGCGUAUCAUGCAUAGUUACUGUCAUUCUACGUCGAUCUUCGACGACUUCAUUCACUAUGAGCGCCGCCAGGAGGAGGAGGACUCUCGAAAGGUGCCCCACCACAAUAGCCAGGACAAUAAUCGGGAGGAGCAAGAAGGUGGGCGUGGUUAUAGGAACUAUCGUGACUUUAGAGAGCAUCGUGACGGGCGGGAAGGUCGUGACGGGCGUGACCACCGUGACGGGAGGGAAGGUCGUGACGGGAGGGACGGGCGUGACGGACGGGAAGGUCGUGACGGGCGGGACCACCGUGAGGGGCGGGACCCGCGGGACCGGGACCAUCGCGAUCAUCGAGACCACGACGCUCGAGAUAAUCGGGACCACGGCUACCGUGACCGUGAUAACUAUAGGCCUCAUCAUAAGGAUCGCGACGGAUCUCGCGGCCGCGGGCGUCCUCGUAAUUAGAUAUAGCGAGAGCUGUUUGAGGACUGGCUUCUCCCCAUAGACGACUAGUACUCGAAUCAUUAAUUGGUACCGUAAUACACUGAUGUAUGUAUAUCGAAGCAUACAUACACAGAACACGAGGAUUAUGUCAUAGAUGGACGUAACCGCUUGGUGUUGCGUUAAAAUCUGAACAAUUUAAAUGUAACAUAGAGUAUUAAUUGUUUUAAACAGUGCAACGCUAAAAAAACUCUCAACAAAUUAAAAUGUGCAAAGUAUUUGUACUGAAGAACGUUUUAUUAAACAAAUGCAUAGUGAACCGAACAUUGAUUAAACAACAACAUUUAACAUGUGCCAGUUUGGUGUCACAUGACAUUAUUGAGUGGAAUUGUGGACUUUGUUUCAAAUUUGUGGACUGAAUCAAUGAAAUAUACUAAUUUUUAUAACUAGGAAAUUCUGUGGUGAAAGGAGUUGAUCCUUUUAUUAUGGACUGGUGAAGUUGAUGAUAUACCAACAACAAUGUUGCGCGUUGACUGAGUGUAGUGUUAAAAAUGUACCACAAUCAAGUGUUAAAAAAUUUAAACAAAAAAAAAUAUGUUAACAGUAUCACUGUGGUGACUUAUUGUAAUUUUGUAUUGCCGACGAAUUGUAAACAGAUGAGGUGUGGAAAUUUUGUAUACAUUUUUUUAAUUGUCAUUUAUAGGACAGAAUAUGGAAUUCUCUCGUGGCAUUGUCUCAGUUUCAUUCUAUUCUGUGAAAUAUUUUUAUGCCGGAAAAUUGUGUGACUCUUAAACAUCCUAGUGGUCUGACGUUGUAAUCAGAUAUUGGUGUAAUUAUUCAAUAUUGUAUUGAAAUGUGUAUUGAAUGUGAAGCUGAAGUAAUGUACAUGUAACAUUGAACUAAGCUCACUCAGAGAAUAAAGCAUUCAUAUCUCAAAACUGUUUAAAUAUAUUUGCAGGUUGUUGAAAUCUUGUAAAAACAUUCGGAGAAUUUAUUUUAUUUUCUAUAGUUUUAGGUUAGUAUAUUUCUUGUUGACUUUUUAUCAUAUGUAUACUAUACAUAAAUGUACAUUUUAAAAUCUUUGAAUAUUUUCUUAGUCUAUUUUUAAGAGCAACUGCAGUGUGACGAGAGAAAUUAAUGAUGAAAUAAAAUAUCCAUUUUGCCAUUCAUUAUAUUUAUUACCUACAUAGUAAAAUGUAUCUUCCCACCUUGAUUUUAAAGUUCUUUUUAUUUUUAACCAUACAUAUCUUGAAGUAAACUUGUAGAUCUAGAGAAAUAUUGAAAUGUUUUUAUUUCCAGUUUAAAUAAUUUUUAUUUAGGGAUUUGCUGAUGCAUUCUUAUUUUAUUAUUUUUAGUUUAUGUCCUGAUAUACUUUCUUUAAUUGCCUGCACAUGGGUGAUACCUAUACAAAAAUUAUAUCAUACUUUUAUUAUUACCAAGUUUUAAAAUUUCCCAUUGAUGCUGAUACUGGAUUAAAAGCCUAUUAAAGAAAUUGUACAAG